UUUGGUCACCAGAUGGCAGUGAAAGCUUGAUUUUGUCAAGCCUGCAGCUACAAUGUCAAUAAACAUCAGAAAGGAACAGCUGAACAUAGCAGAAAUUCGAGGGUGAAUUAAGUGCAUUAGAGUAUAUCUCUUUGAAUUUGAAUAUAAAUAUUAAAAAACCAUUGGCUCAAACUCUACCUCUGCUAUUAAAUGUGUUCCAUAAAAGUUUUGAGUGUAUUAGACUGUUAAAUAGUCCAGCCUCACAGAUAUGGCUGUGAAAUACAAAUUUCGAGCUUUUUUAUGUUUAAAGUUACAUCCAUCCUUCAUUGCUCUUGAAGUCGACCACUUUCUGGGACUGAUUGACGCUCACCUGUAGUGACGCAGGCAGCACGGCUUAAUGGGCGCCUGGAAAAGGAGGAGGAAGUGAGUGAAUAAGGAGAAAUAUGUGACAGCGUGAAGCGGACUACAGGAGCCAAAGCUGUCCUUCCCUUCACCGGAGACGAGUUUCACUUGCACCGACGGACUAAACAGAGCCAUCAUUUACAUAUGUGACGACCGGUGUUUAAUCCAACACAGAUUCUUCUAAUGCUGUAGCAGCUGAAGUACUCAAAAGACUGGGACACAGUGAAAGGAGGAGGGUGUCAUGUCCGACAGCCAGGCAGACAGCUGCAUGGGCCGCCAGGUCCCCCUCAUUCUGGAGAGCCAGUUCUCCACAGAACUCCAUAUAUCUGAGCCUGGGGAUGACUGCUGCCCGACACAAAGCCCUUCAACACCCCAAUCUGAAAAUUCCACUCCACAGGAAGAUGUAGUAGACAGGAUGGCGGUGCCUCAGCAGGUACUCCUCAGCACCCAGAGUCCUGCAGCACUGAAGAGUGGCACAAAUCAACUCAUUCCCAAAAAUUUAGCUGCUUCCAGCCGGCCUAAACACCGCCAUCACACAACUGUGGUGACUUUUCCAGUGGGAUUGGAGAACUCCAGCAGUGCGACCAGGAGUCGUCACUCAACUCAGGGUCCAGAUUUGUCCUGGGAGGACUAUGACAGUGAUGGUGACGGCUUUGCUUUAAGGAGGAACCGCAGAAACAAGUCGUACAGAGCAGCUGUGACCAGCCUGGACAUUGAAGCCAUGGCUGCGUCCAGAGGGGCUACAUCUGAACUGAAACCUGUUCGAGAGGAUAGAGCAAUAAGUCCUGGUCCAGCUCGCAGCCCUGGGCGCAAGAGAACCCUGGGAAGGAAAAAGAAGAACCAGAACAAGCGUGGGUCCUUCAAAGAUGCUACGCCGCGCCUCUACCAGGAGAUCCGAGAGAGAGGGCUGAACUCCACCAACCAGGAUGAGCUGCUGGAUGACUUUGUGGUUGUGGAGCAUCCCGUAGUAGAGGACCAGGGCAUCGUGGUCAAGAGCUACCGGCCUGCACAGCUCACCUGGAGCCAGCUCCCACAGGUGAAGGACACGGGUAUCCUGACAUUGAUCUCACCUCUGGAACGAAAGAGACAAGAGGCCAUAUUUGAAAUCAUCACAUCGGAGCACUCGUACCUGCACAGUCUGGGUAUCCUGGUGCGUCACUUCAAGAAUAAUGAAGCCUUAAAGAAGACAAUGACGACCACAGAGCACCAUCACCUCUUCUCCAACAUCUCUGUCAUCCACAAAGUCAGCCAAGGGUUUUUUGAGGACCUUGAACGGCGUCACUAUGACAACCCGGUAAUCCGGGACAUUAGUGAUAUUGUUCAGAAACAUGCUAGCAACCACUUCGAGCCCUAUAUUGUCUACUGCUCCAAUGAGACGUUUCAGCAGAGGACGCUGCAGAAGCUGCUGACCAGCAACAAUGCAUUUAAAGAGACCCUGAAGCAAAUUGAUGGGAGCAGUGAAUGUGGAGGCCUGCCCAUGAUUUCCUUCCUUAUCCUUCCAAUGCAGCGAGUCACCAGACUGCCAUUGCUGCUGGAUACAAUUUGCCAGAAAACUCCAGACAAAACCGCAGAGUACUUUGCUGCUGUUUGGUCCCUGCACGCCAUCAGUAAGUUGGUUGCUAGCUGCAAUGAUGGGGCGAGGCGGAUGGAGAGGACGGAGCAGAUGUACACCAUCCAGAAACAGAUGGAUUUUGGUAAAAUUAAGCCGUUUCCUCUGGUGUCAUCAUCACGAUGGUUGAAGAAGCGUGGGGAGCUUGCUGUCAACAGUGAGGAGCUUAGCAUCUGGAGGGCUUUUAGCAACAGGAGCUACUAUCUGUUUUUAUUCAAUGACGUACUGAUUGUCACCAAAAAGAAGAGUGAGGAGAGCUUCGUGGUGAUGGACUAUGCCACACCAGAGAAUGUGGAGGUGGAGGUUGGUGAGGAUACAGAAGCACGGAUGUCUCCACCCUCCAAGAACAGCCACUAUCUCUCCUUUAGACUGCUGAUGAGCAAGAACAGUGAGGGGAGAGCGGAGCAGAUCUCCCUGGCGGCUGAGUCGAGGGUGGACCGGGCACGUUGGAUAGUCGCUCUUGCUGAACAUAAGGGGUCAGGCCUCUCCACUCCUACUGCCGGUCAGCCACAAUAUGAAGCCACAAAAGCCUACAUGCCAAAGGAGCCAGAUGAUUUGGGGCUGAAACAGGCUGAGCUUGUCAUUGUCAUGCAGAAAGAAGAAGCUUGGUGUUACGGGGAGAGAAUGCGAGACGGAGAGAGAGGUUGGUUCCCUGCUAGCUGUGCGACAGAGAUCACCAACCCCACUGCCUUGGAGAACAAUGUGCAACGUAUGAGGCGCCUGCGCAAAGAAACGAAUGUGUGAGCGACUCAUUGCUUUACUCUCAGGUAAGGAGACGUAAUGGGAUGCCUUCAGGUAGCGUAGUGACUCUCAUAAAGUUAUGUCUUUGUUGAGACUGCACUGAUGUUUUAUUCACUGAACAUAGGACAAUUAGUUAAAGAUUUCCUUUACUUAAGCAUGACAGACAUUCAUUUCAUAAAGAGUCUCAAAAUGACCUUCAAAACUGUCUGGUUCUUGUUUGCUGCUGUCAUUGCACCAAAACCAUAUUUUAACAUGGCCACCAGGUUAGAUAAACUAUGUUGCAGCAGAGUGAGUUGAUGCAUAGCUAUUGUACAUUAAGAUGAUUGAGUCAACCGAUUUUACAUGAUACAAAAAACAUCAUAUACAAUAGAGGGUCGGUGGUUUGGAUGUAUAUGUAUAUAUAUUAUUUGCUGAACUAAAAGGAAAGUUAACCUGAAGUGCAGCCUAUGACUUUUUUCAUACAUUUAGUACGAGUAUUUGCAUGCAAAGAUGUGUAUUGUCUACACUUGCUUUUAUUGGUCUGCUCACCUAACCUCAUAAUUAAAAACUUGAUCUUAAACUACAGUAAAUAUUGUUUCAUGUCGUGUAACAUUGUGAUUGCAUGUUUCUUUGUAGGGUUCUUUUAUAGUGGUGAAAAUAUGACAUUGUACCGUUGUCAUUAUGACAGAAUGUUUGAGAUUUCAUAUGCAGCUUGUAUAAUUGUCCCAUUGUUGUUAGGUUCAUUCAAUAAAUGGAACUGCAUCUCUCAACCUUACAGUUGGUGAAAUGUUAAAUAUCUUUAUAAAUAUGUAAUUUUACAUUCCAUGGUUUUGUAAUUUCUAAGUGUCUGUAUAAUAAAAAAAGAGCCACUUGACACAAA